AUGCACAAGUACAUUGGUAGAGAACGGGUGAGAGUUGGCGCGACAGAUCACCAGCGACAACCGAAGGUGAAGGGUAGGUGCUUCCCACCCACUUCCAUCACCCUCGUUCUCCGAGUUCAGUUGCACCUGGUUACUCAACCGAUGAUCUCACUCAAGUCAUUUUCUCCUUUUUUCCGUUUUAUUUUCUCCCUUCUUAAGCGGUUACGAGGUUACAUUGACCUCGGUCGUGCCGAUGAAAAGGGGACCGCUGAUGAAGGGCUCUACAGUGAUCUACCCCUACGGACAAAGACCUCCAUCCGCCUUCUCUGUCUGUGUCAGGAAAACACAGAGACGGGUCAAUCGGACUGCGAAGACUCCUUGAUCCAGCUUAACCUACAGGUCGUAGACCUCGAGCAGAACCCUCCUCCCUUUCAAGCUCUAUCGUAUACCUGGGGUUCACCUUUUCUCGACGAUGAACUGGCCCGGGAAUAUGACAGCGAGUCACACCCCAGAUACAUCUCCUUGAACGGUCGGAAGGUGGAGGUCCGCCGAAAUCUGUUCGAGUUCAUCCAACGGUGGGAUUCAUCACCGGAAUCCAUCCACGACAAUCAUUUCGAGGCAAGUCUGCCGGUUAAACAUCUUGAGGACAGUGAUGACUCCUUCAGUCAUACUAAGGGUCUAGAGACUAAGCCUGUAACUUACCUCUGGGUGGAUGCAUUGUGUAUCAACCAGGAUGAUCUCAUUGAGCGCAAAGAACAGGUUAUGCUCAUGUCUCGCAUCUACACCAAGGCAACUAUGGUGCUGGUGUGGUUGGGGAUCGAGGACGAGAGUGUGGAACAUGCGGUGGAGUUUGUCAAUGACCUACAGACCGAGAGUUAUGGCGAGGCGAUGAAUCACUCCGACAGAGUGCAGGCUGCUGCGGACUGGUGGCGUAACCGCACAUGGUUCACUCGGGCCUGGGUGAUCCAAGAGGUCGCUUUAGCUCAGCAUAUCCGGUUGCUCUGCGGCUCAGAAGACAUGGAUUAUUGGCAGUUUUUCAAAUCCUUGAACUCCACCUCGUUAGAUGGCACACACGUCGCUGGCGUCCCAUUAUUUCUAGCAAAAGGAGACGGGACAGGAAACUACCAGCCCCUUCAUCUGAUUGAUAUUAGGAUUAGGAUCUCCCCCGACUCGCGAGAGAGGAAGAUGGUUCGCCAGAAUAUCGCCCAACCAGUUGCGACAUGGGAACACAAACCGAGCCUUUCCGUGCUGCUAUCCAAGUCAUGGGCAUUUCAAGCGACAGACCCUCGGGACAAGAUAUAUUCACUACUGGGCAUUUCGCGGGACGACUUUCGCCAUCGUAUAGAGCCUGACUAUGAGGUUGACGCGGCUAGCUUGAUCGUCCGCGUGGGUAGAAUCUUCAUGGAAGGGUCCCCUGACGAGCCUAUACAAAGAUGGACAUCGGGCACUUGUGAGGUUUUAGAGCCUCUCGAGGGCCUUUCAUUUGUAGAAGCUGGAUAUCUUAAUGAGCUUGAAUUGCCAUCGUGGAUAGCCAGUUUUGGGGUUGAUCGCACUUACUACCGCUUGUGGAUGUUGGACUUCAAUGCAGGGCGCGUGGAGCUUGGAAGAACCAUGGACCUUAUUAUACCAUCCGACAACCCUCGAGCCCUCCACCUAAGAGGAAUCUAUCGUGAUCGAAUCAUCAUGACCAUGCAAAUACCAGGAAGGUUCCCGACGGAGCAGAUAGAAACGAUGCCACUGGCACUACUUCGCUUCAUGAAUUACCUACCUCUGAUAUACCACCCGACCGGCCAGUCCCGUGCAGAGGCCCUUCGGAGGACUCUUCUGGUCGACCAAACUGAUGAUUUGUUGCCAACUGACACCAUUGAAUCGGAACAUCUUAGCAAACAACGACUGCACUGUGAGUCGGCACUCGAGGAUGAUGCCGAGGCAGACCAGCUACAGGCCAUGCCCGAGUUUCAGGAAUUUGUAUAUGGAACGGGUUCUGGGCCCACGCCCCUUGAUCUAGGUAUCAUGGAUAAAUAUCACGCGAAAGGAAGAUCCAUCUUCGAGACGGAGAACGGAUAUAUUGGCCUGGGCUCUUGGUGUGCAGAAUGUGGAGACGAAGUGUGGCUGAUAGCAGGAGCCCGGACGCCAUAUAUCCUUCGAGCUCUGCCUGAGGAGGAUGUCUCUGGAGAGGUACCAGAACGGGUACUGAUCGAAGAGGCUUAUGUUCAUGGAACGAUGCAUGGCGAGGAGAUGGACGAGGAAGAGCUUGAAGAAGUAAUUUUGGUGUAGGUCCUUGCUUAGGAACAG